GCUGCCCACCGCCUCCAAUCACUACUCUGCUCGGAGGGCUUUAAAUAUGCAUGGGCACGUCACGUUGUAUGAGUCGGGACCGGUCCGUAGGGAGGGAGCCAAUAUCUAUAUAAAUGUGGCCAGGGUGGGCCGGGAAGAGAGGGAGGUGGGGCGGGGGUCUACAGCCCCGGUGACCGCAGCCCAAGUUGGCGACACCGGUGAGUUGCUCCUCUCUCGGCUCUCCCUCGCUGCUUCUAUCAAAGGAGCGCUGACCCGGGGAGGAGGUGGGAGGUGCCGCGGGUGCCGGGCGCCCCCCGGUCCCCAGGCAGCCGGCACCCCAGAGAGGACCUGGCAUUUGGGCCCAGAAGGCGUCGGACUAGAGGAAGGCACGUUCCCUAAGGGCGUGUGGUCACUGCCGCCUUCUACUACCAGUCUGCUUCUGGAGCGAAGUCCCUGUCCGAGGUUUUAAAUCUUGGUUUUGGUCCCCAAGCCCCAGGCCCUUUCCGGACCGAACAGGUGAGCGCUGCGUGCUACCAGCGCCCCAGCUCUCGCGCCCCCAGUGCUCCGAGCCGCCUGGCCGCCCCCCGCAGGCUCGCCAUGUUCCCCUGGGGGCUGAGCUGCCUGUCAGUGCUGGGGGCAGCGGGCACCGCUCUCCUGUGCGCCGGCCUGCUGCUCAGCCUGGCCCAACACCUCUGGACGCUCCGCUGGACGCUGAGCCGGGACCGGGCCUCCGCCCUGCCCCUGCCCAAGGGUUCCAUGGGCUGGCCCUUCUUCGGCGAAACGCUGCACUGGUUAGUUCAGGGCUCUCGCUUCCACAGCUCCCGCCGGGAGCGCUACGGGACAGUGUUCAAGACGCACCUGCUAGGCAGGCCGGUGAUCCGCGUGAGCGGCGCCGAGAACGUGCGCACAAUCCUGCUGGGCGAGCACCGCCUGGUGCGCAGCCAGUGGCCGCAGAGCGCGCACAUCCUACUGGGCUCGCACACUCUGAUCGGCUCAGUCGGUGAGCCGCAUCGGCAGCGGCGCAAGGUCCUGGCUCGAGCGUUUAGCCGUGCGGCGCUGCAGCGGUUCGUGCCCCGCCUGCAGGGGGUGCUACGGCGCGAGGUGCGCUCCUGGUGCGCGGCCCGCCGGCCGGUUGCUGUCUACCAGGCCUCCAAGGCUCUUACCUUUCGCAUGGCUGCGCGCAUCUUACUGGGGCUACGGCUGGACGAAGCGCAGUGCGCGGAGCUGGCCCGGACCUUUGAGCAGUUUGUAGAGAACCUCUUCUCGCUGCCCCUGGACGUACCCUUCAGCGGCCUGCGCAAGGGCAUCCGGGCACGAGACCAGUUACAUCGGUACCUGGAGGAGGCCAUCGUAGAGAAGCUUCACGAAGACAAGGCUGCCGAGCUGAGUGACGCCCUCGACAUGAUUAUCCACAGCACUAGGGAGCUGGGCCAUGAGCUCUCAGUGCAGGAGCUGAAGGAGACGGCUGUGGAGCUCCUCUUCGCCGCCUUCCUCACCACGGCCAGUGCCAGCACGUCCCUCGUCCUGCUGCUACUGCAGCACCCGGCGGCCGUCGCCAAGAUCCGGCAGGAGCUGGCGGCGCAGGGGCUGGGGCGCGCUUGCGGCUGCGCGCCGGGGGCCGCGGGGGGCGGCGCGGGGCCCCGGCCCGACUGCGGCUGCGAGCCUGACCUCAGCCUGGCGGCGCUGGGCCGUCUGCGCUACAUCGACUGCGUGGUCAAGGAGGUGCUGCGCCUCCUGCCGCCCGUGUCCGGGGGCUACCGCACUGCGCUACGCACCUUCGAGCUCGACGGCUACCAGAUUCCCAAGGGCUGGAGCGUGAUGUAUAGCAUCCGGGACACGCACGAGACGGCCGCAGUGUACGGCAGUCCGCCUGAGGGCUUCGACCCCGAGCGCUUCGGCGCGGCGGGCGAGGAGUCGCGGGGCGCCUGCGGCCGCUUCCAUUACAUCCCCUUCGGCGGCGGAGCGCGCAGCUGCCUCGGCCAGGAGCUGGCACAGGCCGUGCUCCAGCUGCUGGCGGUGGAGCUGGUGCGCACGGCGCGCUGGGAACUGGCCACGCCUGCCUUCCCCGCCAUGCAGACCGUGCCCAUCGUGCACCCGGUGGACGGGCUGCGGCUCUUUUUCCACCCGCUCGCGCCUUCGGCGGCGCGAGAUGGGCUACGCCUCUGACCCUCUGCGCUUCGGAACAAGGCUUGGCCAGCGGCAGCGGCGUGCUCUCAGCGCCGCCCAUCUGCGGCUUCUUAGGUUUCUUAGUGCCGGGCAGGGCGCUCGCUCACUCGCUCAACAAACGGUCACCGAAUGCAGCUCUGUGCCAGACUUUGAGGGCGGAGGAGCGCGAGCCCCCGCCACUGCGCCCACGGAGCCCGGGAGAAGCGCCCAGGCCGGUGGGAAGGUGCUUCCUGGCCUCUGAGCCCUGAGGAAGGAAAGGUCCUGAGCCCAGCCUCUUAAACCUUUACUAGGUUUGCUAACAGGGAUGGAGGGAACAGAUCUUCACUAGGAGCUGCGGGUCCUCGCCUCCCUGUGCCAAGCCCAGGAGGUUGCAUGGAUCUUGGGGCCGCGGGGACGAUUGUCAGGGGAGGGUUGGACCGUGCCAGAGACCCAGCGAACGCAGCUGGGACCUGCAACCCUUGGGAGGAAGCGCAUCUCCGGUCUGGCUUUGGGCUACAGUUAAGACAUACCGAGAAGGCGCCCAACGGAAGGCCCUCAGGGAGCGGGCCUCGGCUUGGGGCCCCGCGGCCACUCUGCUGGUCUCAGUCUCAGCAGAAACAUGACUGUGGGCUCUCCCAGGGCUCUGAACAGCUCAAUAUCAUUGGAUUCUGCUGGUGACUUCUUAAAAGAAAAAUUCCUACUUCGA